AUGUCGAUGUUUAUGAACCCAUAUGCUUCGCAAGAAGUCAACGAACAAAGACUGGAGAUGGCGCAGGUCCAGUUUGACGCGAUGUCCAUCUCCUUCAACACCAUGCUCCGCGGGUGCAUGCAGAAGUGCAUACCGCACGAGUACGGCGAGGCAGACCUGAACAAGGGCGAGAUGAGCUGCGUCGACAGGUGUGUGGCCAAGAUACACAUGGCGAACCGGCUGGUGGGCGGCCUGGCCCAAGCCCGCAAUGUGGGUCCCGACCACCUGCGACACUACGACCAGUUCAAGCGGUAG